AUGAAAGUCACAUUAAUUGUGCUCGCACACCUGGCAUUGGCCUAUGGGGCCGAUCCAUUUGCAUGUCCCCGUCCCGACUACUGGGGCGAUUGUAUUUGCGAUCCGACUGAGCAGAGUCUAAUCUGCUCAAACAGCCCUGAUGAAAUAAAAUUCUGGCCAGAUAAAGACGCUUCUUGGAGUCCAUUCAAACUUAUUGUACUAGAUGGAUUCAAAAUAGAGGCAGAGAUAAAAUUAAGCGAUAACACCAAACUUAAAAGCACCGGGCUUAAACUAACGAAUUCUCUGGUGAAAGACUUCGGGUCUAUCGCAACAAUUCUAAAAGACGUAACGAGCGUUGUUUUGGACAAUGUAUUGACAGAGGAUAGUAAACAAAUCAAACUCUCCGAUUUGACCGACAAGCUUACAGUGGUUAAAUUGACAACGUUCGAGGUUACUAAUUCACAGCUGGAUGACACACAGAUGCCAGAUGUUAGCACGUGGGCUGAAUUACAGAUACUGUCUCUCAACGGAAAUAAAUUCACUAAACUAAACGAUAAAAUUAAAGGCCUCAAGAAACUGACCACGGAACCUUUUGAAUCGCUGGAUAAUAAUUUAUACAAGAUAAAUUUGCCAAACAAUAACAUAACGUGCACAUACGAUGAUUGCGAUUGGGCUUUUCAUCUCAAGGAUCCCGCGCCCGUCCCAUACGAACACCUCUUGAACGUCGAGUGCGUCAAUAAUCACAAACAGCUGUUCAAUUUGCGAGAGCAGGAUCUGCCCGGCUUUCCCACUCCCGCACCGCCCACACCGUCCACACCAUCCCCUCCGCCCACAACUCCUCAUUCAACGCCAGAACCGCCGACACCUAAACCAUCGGACGUUGAAGUAAAAGUGGGUAACCAGUGGUUAGAGAUUAAGCGAGAAUUAUGGCCGUAUGUGGACAGUGAGGACAGCAUUCAUAACACACCCACCGAUUUCUUCAUCAUUCACCCUGGCGAUAUAAAUUUUAAAUCUAUUACGAAAGACGUGCUUCCCGGUAGUGAAAAUGUUAAAUUCCCUGUCAAGUUGAGUUUCAAGUAUUGGGCACACGAAGCGAUUGCCACCACAUAUAUUGAGAAAAAUAAAAAGGACACAAUUAUUGACAAAAUAUCUAAGGAAUACAUAAAUUUUGAUUCUUAUUGGUUAUAUCGGGAAUAUAUUCUAACUGAACUACAGUUGAAAUCGUACGACUUCUGGACCGCAUUAGACCAAUACUCAGUGAUUGCGUUGAAAGACAUUAAAAUCGAUUCACCCAAAGAUAAUGACGUGUGCUUUGAGCUCAAAUAUUUGUUAAUUAAAUCGAAAAUAACUCCUGCCACUAUUGAUAUUCAUUACAAUGUGGAUCCAACUGAGUUUGCUGCAGAAAAAAAUAAAAUAUUUACAUUUACGCCCAUGGUCAAACUGACCACCACUGACAAAGAUAUCGAAACAUAUGCUUUUUGUUUGCGGGAUGUGUUGGCUCUGAGCGCCGAAAAUUUGCUCAUCACAUUCGUUGCAAACACUGGCGGUGCUGACGGUGACGAUACUCUAGCUCUGAGUAUUGAUUAUAAGCCAAAAGCUAAAGACCCAUGGAAGUUCACAUCGAAUAAAUUCAUUCAAACAUUUAAUGAUAAAGAAAGAAAACCUGUGACUGAAAUCCCAACCACAGCUCAUCUCAUGGGGCCUUGGAUUCAAUAUAAUAGCAAUUUAGGCAAUGGUUUGAAUGAAUAUAGCGUUACUGUAAAGCAGGAGAAAGUGUUUAACGCUUUCACAAUUAGACCCAAAAUAUGUACGGAUUUAUCGCAAUGUUUUGAUGUCAAUGCUAUCGGAGUGAAGGCAGACUCGAGUGUUAGUGAGAUUCUUAAAUGUGAUAAAACGGGAACCAAUUUUGGCUAUAAAUCCAAUCCGACCAUGGACAAUCCCAAUCAUUGUAUUUGUAAUGAUGGUUAUUAUGGCGCUAAGUGUGAUCAAUUAGCAAAACCGAUUGAAGUGAAAGUUGAACCCCCAAAAAAAGGAGAUUGGGGUGAACAGGCUUCACCCAAAGUGGGCUUUUAUCCAACCAAGAAAGGACCAUUAAUAUUUAAUUUUAAAGAUAUUAAUGCAGAUAUGUUUGACAUCUGUCCGACCAUCGAGUAUACUGUGACAGAACCCAAGGCUUUAAUGAAACUAACCGUACAAUAUUCAGAGGGUAGCGCUUCACCCGACACACCGGUCGACACAUCCACUUAUAUCGAUGAAGUGCUUAAGAAAACACCGGAAAAGGGAAAUGCGUUUACGUUUUGUGUCAGCGAUUUACGUAAUAAACCACAGAAAACAUUUUCUGUCGUAAUAACGGCUGAGGCGACCGCAACAAAACCUGAAGAUCAAAUAUACGAUGCCACUACUUUGACUAUCACUAAAUUUUCAGCAACUAAAAUUCCCAUAAAUCGACCUAAUUUUAUACAAAACGUUGACAUUAAGCACAAACAGUACUGGACUGAACAGAAAUGGCACACAAUGUCUGUCGAGAAUAAUUUUAUUCCAUCAAAGGAUAAGACUUCACACCAAUUGAAAGUUAUGGUUAAAGCCAAAGCACAACCGAUCUCAGUGAUGUUAAAACCUGAGACAAAUAAACAAAUACCAACACAAUUUGUCGAAAUAGCUUACGAUAAAAAGCUAAAAACAUUCACAGACCAAGAAAUCGCUGCUGACAUCCCAAACACUGCACAACAGAUCAAACUGUUUUUGAAAUUCACGUUUACGGCCGACACUAAUAAAGACACUAAUUUUGAUGUCACUAUCAAUUCUUUGUCGGAGCAUGCACACUUACAGACGAUGAACGGAUUUAUCAAUGCGACUGCAAAGAUGCCCAAGAAACUAUGUAACUCAUAUCCAAUUAUUCCGGAUUUUAAUGCGAAAAAUCCAUUGGAUAGACCUAAUUGUGAAAUUAUUCACACAGAAACUCCACCAAAGGAUACUGAAACAUGUAUUUGUCCACAAACACAAUUCAAAUCGAUUACAGGCAAAGCCGGAUGUGAAAGUAAAAAAAAUUACAAAUAUAAUAACGAGAAGCCCUGUAAAAAGGAUGGAAGCAAUAUAAAAUGUGAUAUAUUUACUGCAACCGAUCAACAAUGGUAUGACACGUAUCAGGUCAGCCAUGCGGACAAAUAUUUCCCUUUAUACUCACCGACAAAAGUGGCCGACGAGUUGUCCAUUGAAUUCAGUAAUCUUAGGGCCGAAGAAGACGUCUGUUUUACACUUAACUACUAUUCUUCGGGAACGUCGACAAUAACUGUCACUUCGGCGGAACCGAAAAGUGUUGGACUCCUAUUGAACUCUUUAGUAGACAUUCCACAAUGGAAUCAACAAUAUAUAUGCGGUUCAUAUCUAACCCACGCAUACACUGCGGCCAAAGCGGUUAAAAUUAAUAUUAAAGGCAGUGAUAUUCACGCCGGUAUAAACAUAGGGCCAGUGCUGGCCAUUCGCAACACUUUUAUCGACGAACCGGUUCUUUCACAUUAUAACAACAAAGUCAUUGAAACGGCGAUAAAAACUGAGUGGCCGAUAGUUAUUGGACUUAAGGAUAAUUGGAUAUAUGACGAGAAAAAUAAUGAUAAUGUUAAAUUUGCGAUUAAAGCGACAGAAAAACCUUCAGAAACAAAAUACACCACAUAUUUAAUGAGUAAAUGGAUUGCAGCAUCUGGUGAACACAGUUUAUUAAGAUUGCAACUUGAUCCCAAGAAAGAAAUGAAAGGCUUUACCAUUGAGUUUGUUGUGUUUGACCAAAAUAUGCAAGAAGUGGCCGACCCUAACCGACUAGUUUACGGCGAUAAAACAUUCGAUACGAAGACAAUAAUUGAUACAAUUGAUGGCGACGGUGCCAUUGAAGUGCAAUUACCAGCUAAAAAUCAAAAAGUAAUCCGUGUGGGUAUGAAAGUGGUUUAUAAGGAGGACAAAACAGCAAAGCCCCUGUUCACUGUGAGCAAGAUUAGUGUCAACGAUCCCUGUAUUACUGUCGAUAAAUAUAAGAUAAUCCCAAAUCUAUGUGGCGAAUAUUCGAGCGACAAAUUGUGUUAUCCAUUAACAAAAGCUACAUUUUUACUCAAACCUCCCUUGGAUGAACCCGCCAUAUAA